UAAGAUCAUUUUACUUAGAGAUUUGUAUAUCAAUCAUGUCUGUAAUACCGAUGAUAUCAUACUGAUUUUAUAACCAGUACAAGUUGAACCAGUGACACGCCGGCCGGCGUGACAACCAUGCACCCGAUACUAUUUAUUUAGUUUACCCAAAUAAAGGAACCAAACCAAAGCGGCCAAGAUGAAUAUUCCGGUCCGGUGAGUUGACCUAAGCAAACUCGGUAAUCGGUCGAAAGACCUCUGCCUUCGGAGGGCGGAGGGCGGAGAGCGACAUAGUCACCUCUUUCAAACCCUGGAAGUAACAGAGGGAACGUCUUCGAUUUCCAUGCAAGAAAUAGCAAAUCCAGAAUCGUUUUGCUGAAAUUUCAGGUAAGCCGAACAUUGAUUGUAUGAAUCUUCUACUUCUCUCGUUCGUCAAAUUUAGUCGGAUUCUUCUGCAUUUAUAGUUAGUUUCCUCAUCUGAUUCGCCGUUAGGGUUUCAGCAAUUUUGUUUACGAUGUUUGCCCUAUUUACCUGAUUACGGGGACGAGAUCUCCUUGAUUAUCAAGGAUCUGAAUUCAUCUCAGUUUCGCGUCAUGCUUGUCUGCGGAAAUCAUGGCUGAAUCCUUUCAUGAGCUGUCAAGAUUUUGUUAUUAUUUUGCCGUCGGCCUUACCCUGAAUGCUUCUGCUAUAUGACUUGUGGUGUGUCGAUGCUGAAGAUGUCGGCUUUCGAGAAUGUGGUUGGUGGGAAGCUGAAGCUGAAGGGCAAGGCUCUGGAUGUGAAGGCUGGUGGAACAAAGAAGAAGAAGAAGCAUAAGAAAGUGCGGGACGAGGUUUCUCAGGUCAUUGAAAGUGAGCUCACAGCAGCAUCAGGUAAAGCUGUUGAAGAAUCAAGUGAUGUCAAUGAAGAAGUCGCAGAAGACACCGGCAAAUUGAACAACGAAGACAAGUCUGAGUCUUACAAGGACCAUUUAACUGCUGCAGAGAAACGAUAUAUAGAGCAGAGAGAGAGGCUGGACCGACACAAGAUGGCGAAAGAAGCCAACAAAUCACAUAGGGACAGGAUCCAAGGUUUCAAUCAGUAUCUGGCUAAUAUGAGCGAGCACUACGACAUUCCUAAAGUCGGGCCUGGCUGAAAGGAACCACACUUGUUCUGGGUCAAUCAAUGUUCACUGGUAUUUUCGGUCAAUGUUCUCACCGUGGUGCCAAGGUCAUCUGGUGGUUGUGUUAAAACUUAAAACAACCGGUGUUAUAUUUUCUAGCACUCAUCAGUUUCUGUAGAAAUGUAUUAUUAUUUGAUUUGUUUCUUCUAAAUGCAUGGAUCAAUAUACUGGAACUCUUUUAGCUUAGAACCCCCACUUAUCUGGAAACUACUCGUCCUUUCUCCAAGUUAGUUGUCUUGUCCUUCAAGGCGAAAUGGUUGGGGGAUGAAUGCUAUCUUUCACAGCAAGAUCGUAGCGUUUGUUUGAUGAGCCUCCAAGGCUCCAACUAGUUAUUUUGGUAGGUCGUUUGAUGAAUAUAGUGGAUCGUGAAAUAGAUAAUGAAGCUCUUUCUCAAAACCAGAUGCCUUCUGCCAGGUUGACCAUAAUGAAUCUCUGGAGCACAAAGAAAGACUUAUCUAGGAGGGUUAAUCUGACUUUAAUAUAAACUGAUGAUCCGGUUGAGUUGCAAGAUUCCGCUCAUUGGAUGGAUUUCACGCUUUACAUAGUCGAAUCUAGGCAUGAAUUACGUAUCAAGAGUCCGAAUAUGCAUAUUUCGUUAUACACUACUUGGUUGCUAGAAAAUUGGACUUAUUAGUCUCAAACUAGAGUAGAAGCAGAUCUUCUGUGUACACUGUACAGUUUCCACGUACGUAGAAGAAAGACUGCCUCCAGUAGUCCCGUUUGAUUGUUUGAAUACCAAUAUAAGGUUGGAGAAAUCAGAAAACAAAGUUGACGACGUAAAAUAGGGAUAAAGGCACGACGUUCUACUACAAGCGCCAAGGAUCAUCUGUUAUCCCUUUAAUAUGUGAAAUAACCAGUCCCGAUACAA